CAUCACGAAGCACGCCAACGCAACGCCCAACGACUCCCACGAUCACCACAAACCCUCCAAUUCGAUAUCAAUCGCGUCGACAUUUCCAAAGCAUUAAUCCAGGUCCGACCGGAGUUUCGAAAACGCGAGAUUUUUCGCGCGUGGCGAUCCACACCACCACCCAACCAACAAAUACCAGAGAACAGGCCCAUGACGAGCUCGGUCGCCGCUCAAUGACUACCCUCAUACGCUCGCGGAAUCCUCUAGAAACGCUGAGCAUGAAUACACAGCCGCAGCGCAGGCGCAGUAAGCGAUUAGCCACAUACGAUGAAUCAGAUGGCGACUUCAAUUUCACUCGGGGCUCGAAACGAACAAAGACUGCGGCGCCGCUAGAGGCAGUAGCUGAGACGGAACCGGCCCCGUCGCGGAGUAGGAGGCAGGAGAAGACUGAAGAUGUUGCGCCAAAGGAUUUACCGCGGCGGCCCUCAAAGCGGAAGAUGAGCUUUUCCGCCACACCCGCAAGGCCUGAUCCCAAAGUACCAUCACCUAAAAAAGACGCGCGCGACACGACCAGGAGGAAAAAAGAGGUCCCCGCAACACAGCCCGAGCCGCGCCGUGGGACACGCAGGAGUACACGCUCCUCUCUCGAAAACGCGCGCCGCAACGAAGCAGAGCCAGACUAUGACGAAGACGCCAUCGAGAUGGUUGGCGGUGUAUCCACCGUCUCGCCGCCCCCACCAGAGCCCGAGUCGCAAUCGAUAACGCGCACACCUAUACUGAGCACAUCUCACGCGACGACAAUCGCGCUCCCCUUCAGCGACACGCCAGUGUUGAACCGGAAUAAAGCGCUGCGCCAGACGACAUCACGACGGUCGAGUCUGGGAUUGCGUGGGCGGCGCGCCAGUUCACUGAUAGAUAGCGGACACACCGCCACGCCGCACGCGGCCGUGCCAACGGACGAGUUCUACAAGCAUAUCGAAAGUUCUCUGCCUGAGCCGCGGCGCAUGAGGCAGCUUUUGACGUGGUGUGGAGAGAGGGCACUGGGAGAGCGACCCGGGAUGGGAGAGGGUAGCGCGGCGGUUCUGGCGGCGAGGCAUAUACAGGAGCAGGUUCUGAAGGAAUUCUCGGAGCGGAGUGAGCUGAGUGAUUGGUUUGCGCGGGCGCCGGGAGAAAAAAAGGUGGUGGUUGUGCCGAAUCCAUUGAAUGUGGGGAAUGCGGCGAGGGUUGCGGAGUUAGAAGAGAGAGUUAAACGAUUACGGAAAGAGAAAGCAGAACUCCUCGCCCUCUCCGCGCCUCCGCCCUCUCAACCUCCAAAACCACAAAAAUCAGCACCCUUGGACCCUACCCUCCUGCCCGCCUCUAGCGCUCCCAUACUCGAAGCGCUACGUACCAACGCCACUCUCGCGCCGCGCGUCACGGCACGCCUAAAUGUCGUGAGGGAUCGUCUGGAGCUGGCAACGGAUGUGUUUGCGCAUGCGGUGCAUGGGCUCGAGCAAGACGGGAAAGAGAUGGACGGAGUAGCGGGACGGGUGAUGGAUGGGUGUGAAGGGCGGUUGGGUGAGAGAGAGAAGGAGGAGAGGGGAGGGGGCGUGGGCAUGAGGGAUGUGUUGAGAGCGUUAGGGGGGGUUAUGCCUGGUGGGGCAAGGAAGUGA